AUGCCUCCUUCCAAGAAGAAGAAGAAGACAUACAAAAUCAUCACCAUCUCCUCGUCAGAUGACGACGAGUCCGGCCCCGCCUCCUCAGGCUACGAGUCCGAGCCGGUCUACAAGCUCAAGAAGACCAAGAGCAAGAUGAAGAAGAAGAAGAAGGCCAAGCCCCCAGUCAGCGAGACAGAGAGCAGCAGCGCCGCGACUACCUCGGACGAAGCAGAGCCGUCCUCCUCCUCCUCCUCCUCCUCCUCCGCCGCCGAGACGACUUCGGCAGGAGGCGCAGCAGCAGAGACAACGUCUGGCGAGUCCACCUCGGCCAGCGCGGCGUCCGCCUGGACGCCCUCCGAAGACGCCAUCAUCCGCUCCAUGAAGGCCGGAGGCGAGACCUGGGCCACCAUCGCCAAGGCGCUCCGCCGCGGCAAGAAGGAGGUGCAGAAGCGGCACAAGGCCAUCGGCUCCGGCUUCGACAGCGAGACCGACGCUGCUUCGUCUGCCGCGGCGGCGGGCGGUGGAGGUGCAGAGACCACUUCCGGCGAGACCUCCUCCGCAGGGGCGGACGACGACUGGACUCCUUCCAACGACGCCCUCCUGCGCUCCAUGAAGGCCGGAGGCGAGACCUGGGCCACCAUCGCCAAGUCCCUCCGCCGGGGCAAGAAGGAGGUGCAGAAGCGGUACAAGGCCAUCGGCUCCGGCUUCGACACGGACACGGAGGGAGAGACGGCCACGUCGGCCGCCGAGGUCACCACGUCCGGCGAGGAGGAAGAAGCUACCACGUCCGGUGAUGACGCGAGCGGCGCCGGAGCCGGCGAGUCCGAGGACCGGAGCAGCGAGGUCGACUCCAACGUCGCGCCGAUCUCCUCGGCCGACGAAGAGGAGAGGCUGGUCGCCGCCGAGAAGGCGAAGAAGAAGCGCAAGAAGAGGAAGAAGCAGAAGGAGAAGGAGAAGGAGGAAGAGAAGCGGAGGCAGAAGGAGAAGGCGAAGCAAAAGAAGAAGCAGAAAGAAAAAGAGAAGCGAAAGCAAAAGCAGAAGCAGAAGCAGAAGAAGGCCUCGAAGAAGCCGCCAUCGACUUCGUCCUCGUCCCCGUCCCUGUCCUCCUCAUCCUCAUCCUCAUCCUCCUCAUCCUCAUCCUCAUCCUCAUCGGCCGGACCAGCCAAAGAGAAGAGAAAGGAGCAGGAAGAGGACCCGCUCGAGGCCCAGCGCAAGUACCUCUGGUCGACCGUGUGGCCAGCGCGGUACCCGCCCACGCUGCGCCUGCGGCCCAGCAGCGGGCUGAGCGCCGAGGACUGCCGGAUCCUGGGCGUCAUCGAUGCGCGGCAGCGCUGCGAGCGGUGGCUCGAGAUGCAGGCUGCGUUCUGCGGCGCCACGGGGCGGAUGGUCGACGCCGAGGUGCUGCGGGCCAAGGUUCGUGAGGGCAAGCAGAGGAAGAAGAGGCAGGGUUGA